AUGGAAUGUAAUCAUAUACAUCCCCUAUUGUAUCUCAAUGAAGGUAAAUCUACCGUGGUUUCAUUGAUCGAGCGAUUCUACGACCCGGCCACUGGUCGCAUUCUUCUCGGUGGUCAAGAUCUGCGAGAGAUUCCUUUGGAUGUACUUCGUGGAGAACUGAUCGGUUACAUCAGUCAAGAACCGCAAAUAUUCAAUACCACAAUUCGUGAAAAUAUCCGUUUCGGUCGAUUAAAUGCAACCGAUGCCGAGGUGGGUCGAUGGGUUCUGUUUGUUAAAAUCAUAUCUUUUUCUAAUGGAUGCUCUGCUCACAUUCCUUUGCUUUGA